AUGGCGAGUGCUGCGCCCACGGUGGCUCCCCCCACCGAGCAGGGAGCCGACGCGUUCGCUGCGCGAGACCCCGCGCCGCAGCUGACCCAGCAUAUAGUUCACAUGCUUUUAAAUGAUCAAAUGGGAAAUAUAAAGGAAAGAGAAGCAACUGGAGCUCCGCAGUUGCUGGAUCGGCCGCUGGCGGCGGCGCGGGUGUGGGCGGGAGCUGCCUGUACACCCCAGGACGCGGGCGCGCCGCCGCAGUCGGCGCUCGCCAGUUCCUUUUCUUCUGGACUUUUUGCGGAAGGAAUUUACGAGUCUGCGAGUUUGAGUGUUUGCGAAAGCAGUUCUGCGGAAAAAGAGGCGCUUUCCCACCUGCGGCGGCUGCAGUCCGUGCCAGUUUCGUACCUGGAGGUGGACAAGUUCCUGUGCUCGAUCGAAGCCUUCGCGGCCCGUUUUCGGCGCGAACAGCAGCUUCUCGAGAUCGCCGAAGGCCAAAUGGAAGCCACUGUGCGUUACUUUUACAGAAAGCGCACGGAAAUGCUGUUUCCGGGGCGGAAGCGGGACUACCGGACGCUGGUGGAGGUGAUGCUGCGGCUGCUGUGCCUGGGCAACCCCGAGGCUUUCCUGCGCCGCGAACUCCGCGGGGCCCCCCCCCACAAGGCCCUCAAACUCUACGUCGAACUCGGCCUUCUCCACGACUCUUACGCGCGACUUUGCGAAAGAACCAACUCCGAAGUCAAAAGGACUGAAGACUCUCUCGCGGCGGACUUCCUCAGCCGCCUGCCCAACCGCCUCGCCGAGCAAACCCGCAGAGUCGCCCGCAAUGUCCCUUCCCCCAACUUGUUCGCCUACGCCGUCAUGGCCCGCACUGUCGACAGCCACUUGAACGGAAACUGGUAG